AUGGCCGCCGAGUCUCUGCGCCGCGGCUCCCUGGGCGGCGCCUACUCCGAGUCAGAGUCCGCCGAGUCGCUCGCCUUUCCGCCCCUGCAGUCUUCCCACGAGGAAAACCACCGUCAGAUCAAUGUGAACGAUGCCAAGAACACAAACGUUCACCGUGACCCCGGUCCUGUCGAAUAUGCCCUGACCGUACUCAAGUCCUGCCCGAUCUACGAUACCAUCGCCAUCCUCAUCAUCCUGAUGCAGUUGUCUCCAGCUUUCCUCGCCAUUGUCUACAUGCUCUUCACCCUCUUGACCUUUGUCCCUCCUGUUACCACUAGUUCCGGGCUGACCAUUGCCGACAUCUUUGAUGGGAACCAGGGCACGCCCUCGCUCACGACGCUGGUCUGUAUGGACGUGGCUGUGUUGGGCAUCUGGCUGUUCCUAUGGGCCCCCAUGCAGCAAUUCAUAUUGGAUUUAGCCCAGGUUGUUAUAUCCCUUACCCUCGGAGGAGGCGGAAGCUCAAGGACUAGCACGUCAAACAGCAUCUUCCUCUGCGUCGCCAUCAUUACGGCUUCCCAAUGGACGAGACAGGCUAGGUGGAAUGGUCUCACCCAUUUGAGUACCCUCUUUGGCACGAAUCGCUUUUUUCCAACCAGUCAUGGUGAUCCUAUCGAACACACUGUACGCGCUUUCGAGAAAAAGGGUCCAUAUGGCUGGGUUAGAAGCGUUUUGGCUAUACAUAUUCUUACACAGGGACUGGUACGGUACAUUCGGGAGUGGUAUUUACGCAGGGAACGACGAGAUUUGCAGUCACAGAGUCAACUGGAUCCGGAGGCCGGCAAGACGGUGUCGUUUUCAGACAGCUGCUCCGACGCGGCGCUGAUGGCAGCUGAUAGCGACGCCCAUCUGCAAACAAGCACGGGUACUGUUUCGAACAAGAAGAGACGAAAGCAGAGCGCCCAAGUGAGGAUACGACAGCCUCUCUGGGCCGCCCUGGCUAGCACCAAAAUUGUCAUGGUGAAGGAGUAUGAGCUUUCCCAUGCGGCUUCCGAAUCAGCCGGUAGCAACGCUACGGAUAUCCACAACUUGGGGAACGCGCCGUUUAAUACACAGCCGGAACAGAUUUGGAUUUGUUACAUUGGCAGCGACGAAGUCUGCUUCAACACCAGUUACUUUCCCGACUUUCCUGAUGACGAAACCGUUGAUGAGGCUGGAACCCCUGGCGUCAGCAUCGCCAAACCCUUUUAUGUCCGAGUCAACAACGCGAAAUGGCAACCGACACGCAUCAUUCCCAUCGAAGGCACCGAAGAAGACAAGCACCAAGGCACCCGCUGGACAGGCGACAUCUAUGGACUUACCCCCUUAUCCAACUAUGCAUGCGAAUUUGUCAGUACUCGAACCGACCAGGUUAUCUACAAGGCCAAUGUCAGGACCGUCCAGGCUAAGAGUAGAGAUCCCGAGGCACCCGCAAAGGCAGCACCUCCUAACCAGCGCGUUGAUAACGUUCGCCACGACUCUCCGGUUACUACCCUGAGGGCUUCGAUUGCGGCUGCCGAAAUCAAGCUGGCUGACGAAAAGGCCCGACUCAAGACUGCGCGCAAGGAAAACAACCGUAGAGUGAACGCUGCCAAGAAGGAGAUUGAGAAACUCACGGCAGCUGUCCAGUCCGCGGGAGGUGAUGAUGACAAGCUCAAGCAAAAAGUGGCCCAGAACAAGAUCCAGGAGAAGCGAGCCGAGGAGGCCAUUGCGCAGCUGGAAGCCGAACUCAAGGAGCUUGAAUCCAUCCCCGAGGAACUACUUGCAGAAUAUCGCUCCAAACAGAGCACUUGGAAGUCCGAGAAGGGUCGCUAUGAGGAAGCCCGCUCUGCAUUCAAGAGCUUCAAAGCCACGCUCGAGUCCGAGGUCAAGCACAAGAAGAUUGAAUCCCGCAUCAACAAGGGCCUUGGUGAAGCUGAACGCCGGCGCCAGAACCGCGCCACUCUCGAAGCAGACAUUGCCACGGCCGAGAGGCAUCUCACUGAUCGCAUCAAUUCUAUCACCGACUUGAGCAACCAGAUCCACGCGUAUCUGUCUAGUGUGCAGGAGGAUAUGGCGUACAGCCAUGCGGCGGCUGUUGCUGGCGGUCAGUAUCCGCAAGCAAAUAAUGCGAGCACUGGCUGGGGAAUGCCUCCUGUUGGUCCUACCGCCACUGCAGCAGCUGGUAAUAGCACUUUUGCCCACUCGCCGGCUCAGACUCUCUGGCCCGCAGCCACUGCCGCGGCAUCUGGUUCCUCGUCUCUAGGACCCCAGACUGGUUCAGCAGCUCUUCUUCCCCCACCGCCGAUCGGAGGACCCUUCAGCAAUCCCCUUCAGCCGCAACAGCAUUCCCAGCAACCGGCUAUCGGCACUCCGGCUCAGCAUCGCAGGGCAAGAGGCAGAUCCUCGUCGAUGCUUAGUGACAUCUCAGGAUUUACCGAGUCCACAGAUGAAGAUGAGCGUGAGAGACUUGAACGCGAAAGACUUGCACUAAGACAUGGUCAGAAUCAUCAACAUCAGCACAGCAACCCGAAUACCAUCUUUGGCACCCCGGGCUCGAUGCGCGGAGCACCGCCCGGUUUUGGCUUUCCAACUCGUCAGCAGCGACUCGCCGGCAACAACGGAACCUUUGGUCCGAUCGGCGGUGGCUCGACCUCGGGCUCCAACGGAUUCACCAGUGGUACUGCCUUGGGAUCCGGCUCCGGCUCCGGCUCGGGUUCCGGGUCUGCCGUUGUCUCUGUUGGCUCGGGAUCUGUUUCAGGGUAUAUACCAGCCUAUCCGCUGCGAGGAACAUAA